CCUCGGGGAUGUCUUCUGAGCCCUCCUCCUCCUCCUCCUCCUCCUCCUCGCAGUGCCCCGCCUCGCCGCCCUCGCCCAGCUCGCUGCACCUGCCCGAGAGCCGCCGGCCGCGGGAGCGCUCCCCCUCGCCCAUGAGGGGCUACCUGAUCCCCAGCCCGCUGCCCACCCGCCGCACCAGGGUCUCCUGCAGCACGGUGCGAGCGUCCGAGGGUCCCGUCUACAGAGGGGUCUGCAAGUGCUUCUGCCGCUCCAAGGGCCACGGCUUCAUCACCCCUGCCGACGGGGGGCCCGACAUCUUCGUGCACAUCUCUGACAUUGAAGGCGAGUACGUUCCCACGGCGGGCGACGAGGUCACCUACAAGAUGUGCACCAUCCCUCCCAAGAACGAGAAGCUGCAGGCAGUGGAGGUGGUGAUCACCCACCUGGCCCCUGGCACCAAGCACGAGACAUGGUCAGGGCACGUCAUCAGCUCCUGAGGUGUCCCCUGGAGCAGCCUGCUGGGCUCUGCUCAACAGCUGGCUGCAGGACCUGGCUGCAGAAAAUUGUGCGUGAGGAAAUACUGCAUUGUCAAUAAAGCAGAAGCAGGCCGAAAUUACCAUUUUUUUACAGCUGGCCUGGUUAAAAAAAAAAAAAAAAAAAAAG